CGAAAAGACAGUUUCUCCCUUCUUGUACAGUUUCUCUUUUCUCUCCGUCUCUCUGGUUUGUUCUCCUGUGUUUCUUUCGCUUUGGCUCCUCAAUUUCUACUCUCUGUUUAUCCCUUUCUGGGUUCCUCAUUGUCGAAUUUCUGUCCCUUCUCUGGUGGGUUCCUAAUUGUUGUGUUUGUUACCCUUCCGUUUUCCUUGCCAAAGAAGGAAGACGGGAAGCAUGGGUGAAAUUAGGGUUUCGGACGGGUUCGGACUCGCCGGGUUGAAGAGAAAGUUUAAGGAUUUGGAGAGUAGUUACGAUUCGGUUGAAUCGGAACUCCGACGGAAGUGUAGGUAAUUGGAGUUGAAGGAGAAAGAGUGGGGAACCAAAACCUUAGUUUUUGAGGCGAGGGCUUUGAAGAUAGAAGCCGCAGAAGUCGAAGCCGCUGUUUGGAAGAAGAAAUCCGAGGGCUUUAGGAGGGAAGUUGAAGCGAAGCAGACAGAACUGGGUUUUCUUCGAAACCAGGUUGAAACAUGUGUCGGCGAGUUCAAGUCGGAGGAAACGAAACUCGCUGAGAUUAGGACAAUGAUCAAAGGUUGUGAGAUGGAUCUGUGCUCGAAGAGCAAACAACUGGCUGCGAUGCAGGAAUCGGUGGAGGAGACUCGAGGAGAACUCGAGUUGAAGGAGAAACAGUUGAGAGAGACGAAGACUGACCUCGCGAGGUGUUGUGAUGAGGUGGACGCGGAGAAGGAGAAUCUGGGUAAGAUUCAAAAUGAUGCUAGAACUUUGAAAGAGGAAUCAGACAAGAGACUGGCAGAUCUCACUCUGGUGCUUGAGACACAAGUUAGAUGUAAUAAGCAGCUAGCUUUUGCGGAAGAAAAGCUAGCUUCUUUGCAGAAAUUGCAGGAGAUACGGUCCUCGGAGUUACGGUCAAAAGAGAUGGAGUUGGAUGCUGUGAAAGAAUCUGUAAGAAGCUGCAAUCUUGACCUCGACUCGAAGAGGAAGGAGGUGGCAUCAUUGGAGAAGUCGGUUAGGGAAUCACGUGAGAAUCUUGAUACGAAACGUGCCGAAUUGGGCGAAAUCCAGAACUUAAUCGACGAACAAACGCACGAACUUGCAGUUAAGCUCAAGCGCCGUGAUUCGAUCGAGGAGUUGAUCCGGAAAAUCACUGAGGAGCUCGCUGCAAAAGAGAAAAGACGAGAGGAGAUGUCGGAGUCGCUCCGUAGUCUCUCCUCAGAAAUUGAGUCUAGAGAAAAGAAACUGACCAGAACUGAAGAGACUGUCAAGAAGCUGUCGGAGAAACUGCACUCGAAAGAGAAGCAUUUGGAAUCAACUCAAAGACAUCUACAACUGUGCACCAUUCAACUCAAUUCAAAGCAAAACGAUUUUGAUGUGUUGAUGGAAAUGCUGAGAAGGUCAUCAAUGGAUCUGGAGUUAAGACAGAAGGAUUUCAAGUCGUUACAGUUACACAUCACAGAUUAUCGUACACAAGCCAACGCAAUAGAGAAGAAAGUGCAAGACUUGGAGAGCUCCAUUGAAGUGAAACAGGCCAUGCUUAGUUCAAUCAAAAGAUCAGUUGUGAGCGUAACUGAUGAGCUCGCAUCUAAAGAGCACGAACUAAGUUCUGUGAAGAUGAAGAUCGAGGAGACUGUAAAAGAAAACAAGUCUAAAGAGGAGCAAUACAUGAGGUUAGGAGAAUCGUUAAAGAAACGCGAGGAAGAACUUGUGGAGAAAGAGAAACAGUUCAAUGCUUGUGUCAAAAGUUUCGAACUAAAAGAGCAACACCUGGAAUCCGAACGGAGAAAGUUUUCGAAAACAGUUGAUGAAUUCGAGCAGAAGGUCAAGAAAAUGUCUAGGUUCUGCCAACAAGGCAAAACGGAUCAAUCUGGAAACUCGCUAAGAAACCCAAACCCCAAAGAUGACAAGAGCCUACUGUUACUCUUAAAUGGGUAUCUGAAGAAAUGCCCUCAGCUUCAUGUCGAAGUUUCAGAUGCUCUUAAAGCAUCUCCUGAUCCAGCGAGGCUGGUGUUAGAUGUGUUACAACGGCUUUAUUCCCCUAGCCCAACAAUCAAAGAAACAGAGAUCGAUGAAGAUGUUGUUAGAAAGGGUUGCAUCUGCUUACUGGAAUGUUUAAUGGCUAUAUCACCAGAAAUCAAGCCUGGAGUGCAAGCAGAAGCUAUUAAACUAGCCACCGAGUUUAAGGACAAAACUCUGGUUAAGGCAGAGAAUGCAGUUGAGGUGAUGGGUUUUCUGCACUUCUUAGCUGCCUUCAGUUUGGCAUAUGCUUUCAGCAACGGUGAACUCCAAAGCCUUUUUGAUGUUGUCACUCUCCGCAGAUAUGCUCCGAGUUUAGUCAAGGCCCUUGGACUUUCAGCUUUAGCAUCUGUGGACGAUGUUCUGUCUUCUGAAGAUAAGUUUGGACAGCCCGAAGACAUAAAUAGCAACGACAAUGCUGCUACUUGUUCCUUGCCCUCGGGUAUCCAACUAAACCCGGAAGCAUCAGAACUGGUCUGUGAGUUACGACCUCAUGAAGAUGCUCUAAUGGACACUGAGGUCUCUGCUGCUCUCCGGUCUUCGCCCGACCCAGCAAAGUUUGUUCUUGAUCUGAUUCAGGAAGCAUUCCGGGGAGCUACUCAGCAAGGAGAAAUGACGGGCAUCGAGGAGCCUGUAAUGAAUUAUUGCAACCUCCUACUGGAAGAGCUCGUGAAAAUUUCGCGGCAGAUUACUCCCCAUGUCCAAUGGGAAGCAUCAAAGCUGGCAAACCAAUGGCGAGGGAGGCUGGAAACCACCAGGACUCCAACUUCAUCCGAGGCUUUGGGCUUCCUUCUGCUCCUCGCCUCAUUCAAUUUGGUGAAUUUUUUCAAUCAAGUUGAUAUUCCCAAGCUUGCCUAUUCGGUUGCUUUCUACAGAUAUGCCCCGAAACUAUUCCAGUCCCUUGGUAUCUCAUCAGAUGUCAUCCGGGAUUUGGUUCUACGCCUUAUUCGAAGAGAUCAUUAUAUUCCAGCCAUCCGAUUGAUAUACUCGUAUGAGCUUAACUUCCCGAUGUCCCCCAUGCCUCUCCUUAAGAAAGAGAUUGAAGAUUUGAGACAAUCUACCUGCAACAUACAGGUUAAGGGCAAAGACGCAAGGAAAAUGAGAGCGAUACUCGAGCUCGUUUCGGAUUACAAGCUCGAUAUCCAUCUCCCGGGAGACCUUGUUGCCAAGUUCAUGUUUCAGAGGGGAAAUCAAAGUCAACUUCCAAUCUCGACACCUCUCCAGAUGCAGACUCAGUCCGAAGCUAGCCGUGGUUCGGGUCCGAGCUAUCCGAUGAGCCACCGCUGCUGCUUAUUAUCACAUCCACAAGCAGUGGGUCAAGUUCAAAACAGGGGAGGGGUAAAACGCCAUAGAUCUGAAACAUGGGAAGGGAGGAAUAUGGUGAGACGGUUGCAUCCACCAGGCAAUGGUGGGUGUUAGAUGUCACUCUUCUAGCUUUUAACUUUUAAGGUAACCACUAACAACCACUUAUUAGGAAUCUUGCAUAUAUUAUGAGCCUUUUGGAAGUAGUGUUGGGUUUGAUGAGUUUUAAGCCUAAUCUUGUCUUAAAACUUACAAAGAUGGGAUCUCUCCUGUCUUUGGAAGUAACAAUCCCCAUAUAUACAAGUAAAUCGAGUUCUUCCA